GAACGGCAUAAGAGCAUUGUCCGUGGCCGAGAUGACCACGGCCAUUCCGUGGAUCGGUGCUAUCAAUUGCAUGGGUAUCCGCCCGGGAAGGGCCGUGGAGGUCGCGACACUGCAUCCGGCCAAGGGAGUCGCGGCGGUGGCAGAACGCCGUCCGGCGGCAGUAGCGCCCCUGGCCGUGGGUCUGACCGAGGGAUAGGAUCGGCGAAAGGGGGAGCAAAUGCAGCCACCAAUUCCAACGCCCUAGGCCUCACACCUGAUCAGAUGACUCGGUUACUUUCCAUGCUCGACGUCUCUUCUUCCGACAAGGAUACUGGGUCUAAUGGUGAUGCAUCGGCUCGUGAGUGGCUUAUUGACAGUGGUGCCUCUCAUCACAUGACUG